CCAAGUAAUACAGAUCACCCCACUACUUCCUUCCUUCUUCCUCCUUUAUUUAUUUUCUGCAAACUCUGUACGCAACAACAAGAAGAGAUCCUCUUUAAGAGGCUCCCUAAACUUCAUUGAAGUAGAUUCUAAGUUUCUAACCCUAAUAAGGAUCACAGAACAGAGGGGUAAGAAAAUGGCCAAAAGCAAGGUUUUGAUUGUGGGAGGAACGGGGUAUAUUGGGAGGAGGAUAGUGAAGGCGAGUCUGGCUCUUGGCCAUGAGACCUAUGUUGUUCAACGACCUGAGUUAGGGCUUCAAAUUGAGAAGCUUCAGAUGUUGCUCUCCUUCAAGAAGCAAGGUGCUCGUCUCGUUCAGGCCUCCUUCUCUGAUCACCGGAGCCUCGUCGACGCCGUCAAGCAGGUUGAUGUUGUCAUCAGCGCCGUCUCCGGCGUCCAUUUCCGGAGCCAUAGCAUUCUGUUGCAGCUCAAGCUCGUCGAGGCCAUCAAAGAAGCUGGAAAUGUUAAGCGUUUCUUGCCUUCAGAAUUUGGACUAGACCCUGGUCGUAUGGGACAUGCUCUGGAACCAGGAAGAGUGACAUUUGAUGACAAAAUGACGGUAAGAAAAGCAAUAGAGGAAGCUAAUAUCCCUUAUACUUACAUCUCCGCGAACCUGUUCGCCGGUUACUUCGCUGGCAGCCUCUCUCAGAUGGGCUCAUUUGUCCCUCCAAGAGACAAGGUUCAUCUAUUUGGGGAUGGCAACCUCAAAGCUGUGUUUAUGGAUGAGGAUGAUGUUGCAACAUAUACCAUAAAAGCCAUAGACGACCCUCGAACACUAAACAAAACACUGUACUUAAGGCCACCAGAGAACAUUCUUUCCCAAAGAGAGCUUAUUGGAAUUUGGGAGAAACUCAUUAGAAAGGAACUAGAGAAGACAUACAUAUCUGCAGAAGGCUUCCUUACCACCUUGAAAGGCCUGGAUUAUAAACUCCAAGUUGGAAUUGGACAUUUCUAUCAUAUUUUCUAUGAGGGCUGUUUAACAGAUUUUGAAAUUGGUGAAGAGGGAGAAGAAGCUUCAAAGCUUUAUCCUGAGGUUAAUUACACACGCAUGGAUGAGUACCUGAGGAUCUAUGUGUAAAAUAAAUUGAUUUCACAAGAGUUCAGUGUGAUAAAUUAAACCAUGAUUAUCAGCUAAAAUAACCUUACUUUGAGAGAUUUUUGCAGAACAAGGUCUUUCUCAUAUCUUGGGGUUCGCCUAGCGGUUUUCCUGUACAAGUAUAUCAGUAAUGUAGUGUGCUUAAUGUAUCAUCACCCCCUUUUUUUAUUAACUUCUUUAUAAUAAUAAUAAUAACGACGAAAAGACCAUUCUUAUUUGCAGAAAUUAGACCUGGGACUGUAACCCGUUCACCAGAA